AUGGGGUGGGUGCCGAGUCAAGCGUCACAUCUCGGAGUUCAUUGGCUCCUAUCCGUCAAACACGCGGUGCGUCUUGUCUUCAAUCUUCAUUGGCUAGCGAGCUCAGAGGUGGGGCUCCGCAGUCGCCCGGACAUGGCGGACGGCGGCGCCUGGCGGCCGCCGCGCCCCUGCGAGGCCUACCGCGCCGAGUGGAAACUCUGCCGCAGCGCCAGACACUUCCUGCACCACUACUACGUCCACGGCGAACGGCCGGCCUGCGAGCAGUGGCGGCGCGACCUGGCCAGCUGCCGGGAGUGGGAGGAGCGCCGCAGCGCGGAGGCCCAGGUGCACGGGGGAGCCGGGGGUGGCCCUUGGGCCGCGGGGGUGCAUUGCCCCGGCGUUCGAGUGCGCGGGCCACACCCUCCCCCACAUUCCAGGCCCCGGGACACUGGGAGAGGAGUACUGCCUGGGUCCCUCCUUUUGUUGUGCUUCCUUUCUCUUGAGAAAUAUCAAAAAUUAGUAUAUCAACGGGGCUUUCAGACAUUGAAGGACAAAGAAAGGAGAACGUAGAGUGGUUUGGAGAGAAAGGAGAGAUCCCCUAACAGUGAUAGUGUCCUCAGCAGGCCUGCGGAGGGGGUGAUAUUGCUGAGGCCUGAAAGACCAGGAACCAGCCUUAACAGCCUUCACCCGGCCCAAGGCGGGACGCAUCUGAGGAACACAAAGAAGGGUCAAGUGCUUGGAGCAGAAGGAGGGUGGGCUGUAGAGGGGUAGGGGGUUAGGCUGGAGAGGUACCAGGGACCUGGUGGGCCUUAAAGAAGGGUUUAGAUUCAGCCUAAACGUGUGCUGGGAAGCAUGACUUGAUUUAUAUCUUUAAAAGAUCAGUCUGGGGGUCCUGGGUAGCUCAGUUGGUUAAGCGUCUGACUGUUUGAUACCAGCUCAGGUCUUGAUCUCAGGGUCAUGAGUUCAAGCCCGCAUUGGGCGCCAGGCUGGGCAUGGUUAAAAAAGGGGGGGGGGGCCGUGCCGGGAGUGCCUGGGUGG